AUGGAAAUCAAGAAAAAACCAGCUAUAGAAUUGCCAACCUCUGAAACAUUGAGUGUGUUAGAUCAAAAUGAACCUUAAAAUGGUAUAGAAGUAAUUUGUAGAAUUCGACCUAAAUUUGUUGGUGAAAAUUAUGGUAUUAAUUAUGAGUUCAUUAUAGUAAAUUAUACGAUUAUCGAUAAAAGACUGGAUAUUUAUGAAACAAAUAAUGAUAAUGAAAUCUCUAAUUAAAAAACUUUUACUUUUUCCUAAAUCUAUGAUUAGAAUUCAACACAGAAAAAUUUGCAUCAAGAAUAUGUUAUACCAAUGAUCAAAGACAUUUUUGAAAAAUGUACAAAUCAUUUUCUACUUUUUAGAAAAGGGAGGACUAGUUUUUACUUAUGGAGUUACAAAUUCUGGCAAAACAUAUACUAUUAUAGGUAAUUAAGAAGCUCCUGGAAUUUUACCGCUAACAUUAUAAACAUUAGACAAAAUAAAAACAGCAUUUCUAUUAAAUAAAACAACAAUUGAAAUUGAUGGAUAAGUAAUAAAAAUUGGAGAAUCUCCAUAUGAUGAUUAUGUAUUGAAAGAAGUUAAUUACACAUUUUAAUCAUUUGAAAUCUAUAAUGAAGAAAUAUAUGAUUUAUUAGCUAAUAAUAAAACUAAACUUCAAUUAAAAGAAAUAUAUGAUAAAAAAUGUUAUGUAAAAGAUGCAGUAGAGAAAGAAAUAAAUACUAAUCAAUAAUUUAAAGAUUUACUUCAAAAAGCUUUGACAAAUAGAUAAAUGGGUGAAACUACAUUAAACAAUUAAUCAAGUCGAUCUCAUACAAUUUUUAAAAUAUAGAUCUCCUUUUUAUAUUAAUAAGAUCAAUAUACAAUUUAAAAAAAAUAAACAAUAUGUAUAGUAGAUUUGGCUGGAUCAGAAAGAACAAAAAAGGCAGAAACACAAGGUUCUUAACUUACAGAAGCUUGCAACAUAAAUAAAUCAUUAUUAGUUUUAGGGAAAUGUUUAAAACAAAUGAGAUGUUAAAAUGAAUCAGAAUAAAAUAAUCGUAUUCCAUUUAGAGAAUGUAAACUAACUAGAUUAUUGUGUGAAUAUUUCACAGAAGAAAACAAAAUAUUGAUGAUUGUUAAUGUUAGAUUGACUGGAGAUGAUAUUGAAGAGACAUUAAAAGUAUUGCAUUAUGGAGCAUUAAGUGUUAAUGUUAAUUUACUUAAAUCUAAGAUAUAUGAUAAUACUCUUUCUUAUAAUUAAAGACUUCAAAUUAAUUAGUCAUAACUUGUGACAAAUGAUUCAAAAUAAAAAAAAGUACCAAAAAGAAAUGCAAAAGAAAUUAUUAGAAGAGCUAAAAUGCUAGUUUAAAAUACUACUUAACAUAUGCUUUUUUAAUAAACAAUUCAAGAUUCAUUUGUAAAAGAUUUAAUUUCUACUGUUAAAUAAUAAUAAGCUAGAUUAAAGUAAUUUGGUGGAUUAGAUGAUGAAUUAUUUUACCCUCCUACUUUAGAAAGUGAUUAUAGAUUAUAGAAAUCUUUGGAUAAAAUAUAAUCUGAUAAAUCACGUUAAGCAUCUAUAGAUAUUCUAGAAUAAGAUGGAUCUAUUUAAUUAUCACAAGUAAAUAAUUUAUAAAUUAAUAAUUAAAAUGCAAAUUUCUAAGAAGAGAUUCCUUAAAGAAAAUCUUAUAUAUAUAAUGAACCAAUAUUUUAUAAUGAAUAAAAUUAAGAGGCUAUUAAUAAUGAAAAUCUUUAAAUAAAUUAAUUAAAAUUAUCAGAAAUAUAAGAGGAAAAUCAAAAUAUAAAUUCUAUUAAAGAAUAAACUUUUAAUUACUAUGAUGAAUAAGAAGAUUUAAUGAAUGGAUUAAAAUAAUUAGAUUUAGAACAAAUUGAUGAAUAAUCUGAUGAUAGUAAAUAAUAAUCUAAAUCACAUUUUAUUAAUUCAAACUAUAAUUAAGAAAAUAAUAUUAACAUCUUAAAUAAAUCUUCUAAUUAAGUUAUUUAAGAACACCUUAUCAAUUGUUCUAAUUAAAAACAUUAAUAAAAUCAUUUUGAUCAAGCUACUAAUACAACACCAUAUGAUGAAAUGAAAAAAAAACUUUUUGGUUAACUUUUUGAAUAAGAACUACUAAAACAGUAUAUUUUAAUAUUAAUUAUGUAGUUAAUAAGAGAAAGAUAAAUUUAAAUAGGAAGUUAUGUAAAAAUUAUUUGACGAUGAUGAAUUACAAAAUUUAAUUGAAAAAGAAAAUAAAGAAGAAUUAAUGAAUUUAGAAGAUUCAGCAAAAAAAUAAUAAUAACGAAAUAUAGAAAAGUUGAUUUCAAGCAAUCAUAAAAGUGAUUUAAAAAUAAUUAAUGAAUCUGAUAAAGAACAUGAUUCUUCUGGAGAAAAAAUAAAUCAACAACAGAAAAGUCCCCCUAAAAAAAAAAAGUAAACUAAAAAAAAAGGAAAAUCUAGAAGAAGAUGA